AUGUCGAAACCGAUAGCCAAUAGUAAAACUCGUUACAACUGGUGUUCUCGUGACGUCAGAGAUAACAGGCUACAAAGCGGUGACCAUAUCCUUCAAAUAGGAGAUGUUAAUUUACGAGGGAUGGGAAGUGAGCAAGUUGCAACCGUAUUACGACAAUCAGGGACACACGUCCGGCUAGUAGUUGCUCGACCUAUUGAGCCUACCUCUCCAGAUUAUCAGAUUGAAAAACAAGCACUACCAGAAGAAAUAAAGACGGAAGAUUUGUUGAAAGGAGAAUGCAACAUCCCGGAAACCGUGAAAGAUUUUUAUCUUACAGUUUUAGCUGGUUCCCACAGUAAACGAAGAAAAAGUUUCGAUAGUUAUAGACUAAAGCUGAAAACACGUGGUUUCUUAAUAGCCAAUCACAGCGCGAGGAGCUCGGGCCCCGGCAGCUGCCAGCAUGCCUCGACUAGCUAUCUUUGUCGCACUUACGGGAGCGCGUAA